AUGAUGGAAUUAAAAGCUUUUAUUGGACUUUUAUUACUUGCUGGUUUACUAGGAAAAUCGAAGACAGAUCUAAAAUGUUUAUGGAGAAGAAGUCCAUUAGAAUCUCCAAUAUUCAAAGCUACUAUGUCAAGAAGUCGUUUUCAAAAUAUUAUUUCUUAUUUACGAUCCGAUGAUAAAACAACAAGAGAAGAAAGAAAAAGAACAGAUAAAUUUGCAGCAAUUCGUGAAAUCUGGUCAUAUUUCCAAGAUAAUUUACAAACAUUCUAUACAUCAGGAUCUAAUGUUACCAUCGAUGAACAGCUAUUGGGCUUUCGAGGAAAAUGUCCUUUUCGUCAGUUUAUGCCAAAAAAACCUGGUAAAUAUGGAUUAAAACUUUGGUUAUGUGUUGAUGCAGAUUCACAUUACGUAUUCAAUGCAUCUCCUUACAUUGGACGACAGCCAAAUGAACAAAGACAAACUCUGAUAGGUGCCAAAGUAGUUUUGGAAUUGCUCAAACCACUUUAUGGUUCAAGCAGAAAUGUUACAAUUGAUAAUUUCUUUACAAGUGUUCCAUUAGCCAAAGAACUUCAAACAAAAAAUCUGACUCUUGUAGGAACACUGCGAAAAAAUAAACCACAAAUACCUAUCGAAUUUCAGUCAAAUAAAAACCGCGAAGUUGGUUCCUCGCUUUUUGGUUUUCAAGAUGAUUUAACUUUAGUUUAA